AUCGAUAAAAUAUUGAUAUUGAUAAAAUUAUAGACUAUAAAUAAAUUAUCUAUAUUACUGUUUUAAUACCCGUAUUUAAGACAUCUCAUGUUAUUUGUCUAAAAUUCGGUGUUGGUAUUGAUAGUGAAUUCAUAAAAAACAACAAUCAUCUUUAAUAUGAAAAAAAUGGGAGUACCAACGGAAUCUACAUUUCUUGAUGUCAAGCUGCCCCAAACUAUUCUUGAAUCCCCUUCAACAUCGACUUUUUUGCCAGAUGAAGAGGCUGCUUUUUGUCCAUUACUUCCAAGUAGAAUUUUAGGUCCCAUAGCACAUCCAUUGAGCCCCAAUCAUAUGAAUAAGGACGGUAUUACAUCAAAGAUAAUCAGUUUAGAUUGUAAGGCCGAGUCAAGUUCUACAGAUAGUAGUAGCGGGAUUGCUAUCGACGUCCAAGAAUCUACUACCAACAACCUAUUCCAUAAUGGAAGCUAUCAACAUCUACAAAAUAACAAUAUUAAUACAGAAGAGGAUACCCACUUCAUUGGCAAAAAAUCGCCAGACGCUCCCUCUUUUGUAUCAUGGAACUGGCCGCUAAUUCGGAAAUGUACUUUUUUUAUUUUUGUCUCUACUAUUUUAGCUAUGUGCUCUAUAGUUGUUGCAAAAAUAUCUAAUAUGCCCAAAUCUUGUAAUCCAAAAACAACAUGGUACCGUGGAGGUGUAUUUUACGAAAUGAGAUUUCAGGAUUCGGAGUAUGCAGGAAUUAAUGAUAUAAAUGAAAUUAUCAACCACCUUGAUUACCUCUCCUCAUUAGAUAUAGCAGCAGUCAGGCUUAAUUCUAUUUUUCUACCAGGAAAUAUAGAUAAUGUCACAUCGACACUUCACAUAGAUCCUGCAAUUGGGACUGCAUUCCAGCUAAAGGUUUUAAUCGAUGCCUUAAAAUCCCGAAAUAUAGCUCUGCUCUUAGAUAUACCAUUACAUACAAUAUUUGUUGAAAUCCACAGCAACCAAGAAAUAGUCUAUAAUCAAAUUACUAGAACAAUAACUUCGUGGGUUGACAAUGGAAUAAGCGGAUUUUAUUUAAAAGGACUUGAUUUGUUUUUAAAUGAUUUGGCGCUUCUUAAAUGUUUAGAAAUAUGGAAACGUAUAGUUGGCAAAAAUAGAAUUCUGAUAAUUAACGAGAAUGUUUUAAAAGGAAAACCAACUUCAUUAUUAACAGAAAUUCAGCAACAUAUUGAUCUUGUGGACGUUUGCCUAGACCUGGAAGGUGGCACAAAAAAAAUUACAAAGCGCAUAGAAAAUAUUUUAGAAAACAUGCCGCCAGCCGAAUAUUCAGCUUGGAUACACUGGUCGAUUAUUGAUUCCAAAUUUAAAUAUCAGCACGAUCGAGAUUCAUCCAAUUCGAAUUUAAUAAUAGCUGGCACAAUAAUGCAGCUUAUGCUGCCAGGUACACCAAAUAUAAUGUAUGAGGAUGAAAUGAAUGGAGGAAUAUAUAACAAUAUAAAAAUUCAUAAGCCAACUGAUAGACUUAAAAUUGUAAGAAAUAUGAUAUCUUUGCGAAAGCGUUCCCCCGCUAUAUAUAAAAGUAUAAUUUGUAAGUCAAAUAGUAAUAUUCAGAAUACCUUAAUUCGACAUACCAAUGACGACACACUUAUUAUCGUACGCAACUACCCACGAAGAAACUCUUUUGCAUCUGUUACAAACUUAGGCCAGAAUAAAAUUACAUUAGACUUGACAUCGACAUUUUAUAGUGGCACUCGAAUGCUCACUAAUGAAACCAAUAAAAUAUUUUUUAAAAAUUUUGAAAUAGAUCCGUUUGAUACCAUUGUUGUUAAAUUAGAUAAGUAGAAUGCAUCUUUUUUAUUAUAUAUUAAUUUUAUGUUUCAGCUAAAAUUUAAUAAAUAAACCAUACCUAAACCAAAAACUAGAA